GCGCCAUUUUGGCCCCAGAGGUGCUUCUGGGAAGUUGCGCGCCGAGCUUCACUUUGCCGGCCUGUGAGGUCCGGCCCGGGCUGCUCGCUGCUGGGCUUCUCCGGGGCGAAGCCUCGCCUUGGCCCGCCGCUGCCGACUUCUCCGGGGCUCCCGGACCGGGCGGGAGCGCGGCGGCGCAGCCGAGGGAGGUCACCCCGCCGGGAAGGACGCGACGGGGGCGGCGCGUGUCGCGGACACUCCCCGCCGAGAGCCCGCCUGCCAUGGACUCCGAGUACUACAGCGGGGACCAGUCAGAUGAUGGUGGUGCUACCCCAGUACAGGAUGAGCGGGAUUCAGGAUCAGAUGGUGAGGAUGAUGUAAAUGAGCAGCACUCUGGAUCCGACACUGGAAGUAUAGACCGGCAUUCAGAGAAUGAAACUAGUGACCGAGAAGAUGGCUUGAACAAGAGACAUAAUGGAACAGACUCUGAGAAUGAUAAGCCCUCCAAUCUUAAUGCCAGUGACUCGGAAAGUGAGGAACUUCACAGGCCAAAGGACAGUGACUCUGAAUCUGAGGAGCAUGCAGAGUCUCCUGCCAGUGAUUCUGAAAACGAAGAUGUCAACCAGCAUGGGAGCGACUCUGAAAACGAAGAGCUUCUUAAUGGGCAUGCAAGUGACUCCGAAAAGGAAGAGGUUAGAAAACCUGCUGCCAGUGACUCUGAAGCCGAGGACACUCUGCAGCCUCAGGUCAGCGAGUCUGACAGCGAAGAUCCCCCAAGACCCCAGGCCAGUGACUCAGAAAAUGAGGAGCCUCCCAAACCUCGGAUCAGUGACUCAGAAAGCGAGGAUCCUUCAAGGCCACAGGCCAGUGACUCAGAAAGCGAGGAGCUUCCCAAACCCCGAGUCAGCGACUCGGAAAGUGAGGAUCCUCCAAGGCCACAGGCCAGUGACUCGGAAAGUGAGGAGCUUCCCAAACCCCGAGUCAGUGACUCGGAAAGCGAGGAUCCUCCAAGGCCACAGGCCAGUGACUCAGAAAGUGAGGAGCUUCCCAAACCCCGAGUCAGCGACUCGGAAAGCGAGGAGCCUCAGAAAGGACCUGCUAGUGAUUCGGAAGCUGAGGAUGCCUCCAGACACAAAGACAAGCCCGAGUCAGAUGACAGUGAUGGAGAGAAUAAGAGGGAAGAUUCGGGAAUGCAGAAUGAGUCAGAGGGCCAUACAGACAGAAAAAGACUCCACAGCUCAGACAGUGAGGAGGAGGAACCGAAAAGGCAGAAAAUGGACAGUGAUGAAGAUGAGGAGAAGGAGGGGGACGAGGAGAAAGUGGCAAAGCGGAAGGCUGCCGUGCUCUCUGAUAGUGAGGACGAAGAAAAAGCAUCGGCAAAGAAGAGUCGAGUUGUCUCUGAUGCUGACGACUCUGAUAGUGAUGUUGUAUCAGACAAAUCAAGUAAAAGAGAGAAGACAGUAGCAUCUGACAGUGAAGAGGAUGUGGGGAAAGAAGAAUCGUCUGUAAAGAAGAGUGAAGAGAAGGAUCUGUUUGGGAGCGAUAGUGAAUCAGGCAAUGAAGAAGAAAAUCUUAUUGCAGAUAUAUUUGGAGAAUCUGGUGAUGAAGAGGAAGAGGAAUUUACAGGGUUUAACCAAGAAGAUCUGGAGGAAGAGAAGAGUGAAACACAGCUAAAAGAAGCGGAAGAUUCCGAUUCUGAUGAUAACAUAAAGAGAGGAAAGCAUAUGGACUUCCUGUCGGAUUUUGAGAUGAUGUUACAACGGAAAAAGAGCAUGUGUGGCAAACGCAGACGGAAUCGAGAUGGGGGCACUUUUAUUAGUGAUGCAGAUGAUGUUGUGAGUGCCAUGAUCGUAAAGAUGAAUGAAGCUGCGGAGGAAGACAGGCAAUUGAAUAAUCAAAAAAAGCCAGCACUGAAAAAAUUAACUUUAUUGCCUACUGUGGUUAUGCACCUUAAAAAGCAGGACCUUAAAGAAACAUUUAUUGACAGUGGCGUGAUGUCUGCCAUCAAAGAAUGGCUCUCACCUCUACCAGAUAGGAGUUUGCCUGCACUGAAGAUUCGGGAGGAACUGUUGAAGAUUCUGCAAGAGCUACCUAGUGUGAGCCAGGAGACCCUGAAGCAUAGUGGGAUUGGACGAGCAGUGAUGUAUCUGUAUAAACACCCCAAGGAAUCAAGGUCCAACAAGGAUAUGGCAGGGAAAUUAAUCAACGAGUGGUCUCGGCCUAUAUUUGGUCUCACCUCAAACUACAAAGGAAUGACAAGAGAAGAAAGGGAGCAGAGGGACCUGGAGCAAAUGCCUCAGCGACGGAGACUGAGCAGCACUGGUGGUCAGACACCGCGAAGAGACUUGGAGAAGGUGCUGACAGGAGAGGAAAAGGCUCUUAGACCUGGAGAUCCUGGCUUCUGUGCCCGUGCUAGAGUUCCAAUGCCGUCAAACAAGGACUAUGUCGUCAGGCCCAAGUGGAAUGUAGAAAUGGAGUCAUCCAGGCCUGGUAUUCUUAAAAAGGGCCUAAGUCGUUUGGAAAAGCAUAAGAGGCGGUUUGCAGAACAGAAGAGGCUCAGCAAAAUGCACCGUGCUGUCAAGUUCAGCAUUGAAGGCAACAGAAUGCCCCUGUAGUCCUGGCCCUGCCAGAGUGUAUACAAGAGGUAUUCCCAAGGAAGCAUGAGCUAUGCAUGGGCUUGAAUUGCCAAGAGAGUAUGUGCUUUCUUAGCCAGAAAAGGCCUGGCCUGAAUUCAGCUUCUGAAUUAAUGCUCUUGGGCAGCAUUCUAAGACAUUAAGGCCUCUGAAUCCUUAGGAGUUCACACUGAGGUCCCCUUCUAUGUCAGGAUCCUAGAGACUAAUAGAUCAUUACUUUCCCAGUAAACAUUAUAUUUUUCCUGAUUGUUACCUAUUUUUAUGAAAAAGUCCUUAAAAAUUUGUUUGGUUUUUUUGUGACAGGGUUUCUCUGUGUAGUCUUGACUAUCCUCGAACUCACUCUGUAGACCAGGCAGGCCUUGAGCUUGGAGAUCUGUCUGCCUCUGUUUCCUGAGUGCUGGGAUUAAAGGUGUGCACCACUACUGCCUGCCUGAAAAAAAGCCUUUUUAUUUGGGCCAAGAAUCUUAGUCUGCAUUACAGGCAUACAAACUGCUUAGUGGAUUUUUUGUGGAUGGGAAGUGACUUUUCCUAUAGCAUUUGUCAAGAAUUCUUUAUAUAAAACAUUUUGCUGGGCAUGCAGAUGCACAGGUAUCCAUCACCUGGCCAUAAGCCGCUGACACUAAGGCCGGAGUGACAGCUUGAUGCUGGGUGCAGUGUCUGCUGCUGCUUUUUGUGCUUCUCCCUUAGCUUCCUUCAGUCCACUCAUGUGCUGCCACUUGACAUUGCUGUGAUGUGCAAUUAACUAUAAACAAGUAAAGGACUUAGUUUUACGCAGAGGACAUCUUCCUCUACUUGUACUUCCCUUUUUUCUGGUUUGUUCCAUAUCUAAAUCAGUGUUCAUUUCUCCUUGCUAUCCCUUUAUUAACAUUUUUUUUUCCAAGACGGAUUUUCUAUGUAGCUUUGCACCUUUCCUGGAACUCACUCUAGCCCAGGCUGGCCUUGAACUCACAGAGAUCCGCCUGCCUCUACCUUCCGAGUGCUGGGAUUAAAGGUGUGUGCUACCACCGCCUGGCAACUGUUUGUUUUUUUAGCUUUAUAUUUUCUCACUGUACCCUCCCUCAUUUUAGCUACUUCAUUCAUAUUUCCUUUCCUAGUUCUUUUGUUUUUGAAAAUUGGAAAUGACAGUGUAGCCACAAAAAUGUAAUAAAAAUUUGGUGGCCAGUCUGCUCUGGAAGCAGACUCCAUGUUUCUAGGGGCUGUGUGCCCAUCUACUGUUGUGGCUGGCUGUGAGCCCAUAUCCUCAGGGGUAGGAGAGCUAUCUGUCAUUUUUCUCCAGUGUAAGAGAGAGCUUCCUUCCUAUAUUUCCAGUCAUAAUUUACUGGUUUUUAUCUAGGCCAAAAUGUAGCUCUACCAGCCAGACUGACAUAUCAUUUUGUUCAUUUCUCAUUAAUCCACAUUGGAGAUUUAUACUUUUUAAGUGUAAUAGUCUUUGUGAUUUAUGUGACUAUGUACUAAUUUGUUUAUUUCUGAUUUUUAAAACUUCUUUAUUUUGAGAUACAAAAUUUUAGCUGGCCCAAAAUUUGCUAUGUAGAGCACGCUGGCCUCAAACUCACAGAGACCCCUAUCUGCCUCUGAAUGCUGGAACUAUUUACAAAAAAAAAAAAGAAAAAUGGCAGAGGCAAUGCAUAUUUUUAUCUAAAGUUUUAAAAUGCAGGCAUUACAAAUAAAAUUAAUAUAACAUACUCUCAAUAUAAGUUUACAUUUUGGAUUAUAGCUUUUUGCUCCUUUUUAUGCAUGCAUGAACAUUAGCCUUUUUAAAAAUUUCAGUCUGCAAUGUGAUCAUACUCUUAUAACUUGAGUUUAAAGGUUUGGUUUUAACUUAACAUGACAAAAAACCAUUUGACUCCCAUUCUUAGUGACUUAAUGUGUUGUCAUAUAGUUGUAAACCACCCCCCCCCAUUUUUGUUUUGUGUUUUUAGCAGACAUUCCUUGCUAGUCUUCUACAGGCUUUUUUUUUUUCCUCUUGAUAAAAACAUUAUGGCUUUCCUAACAUCCAAAGGAAUGUUACAGAACUGAUGAAUCAGGAAAUGAAGAUCAUUGGAUUUGACGUGUUAGGUACUGGAUGUCUGUAAUGAACCUUAGAUCAUUGAGCAACUUUGCAGGUUACAUAUAUGCAGUGAGCAGAUGUAGUCUGGCACUAGCCUGGUGUGUCCUUGGUGCUGAUGCCAAACAGAUCCUGUAGGGUUCAAGCUGUUAGAGAAGAUCCUAGGAGUGAGCAAAGAGAAGUCCAGCUUGGUAUGUAGAGCUUCAGGGAGCCGGGUAAUUGUCAGAGAUUGGAGCAGUAAGGCCUCCAACUCCUUGUACAAAAAUUAAAGGGAUGUUAUACUGGUAAUGCAACAUUUUCUCAUCUGACAGUGAAUUUUUAUGCUGAGAGUACCAGUGCCAACUAUUGAAUAAUGUGGAAAUGGGAUAUUCCUAGAAAACUUCAAGAAUGCCAUAGAAAGCUGGUUCCUUGACUGGUAAAGAAAUAGCUUCAUAUUAGGGUGAGGCUGAGACCUUGAGUGGACUAAGAAGGCUCAUAGUACACAACUUCAGGAGAGUCUUUAGCUUACCUUCUUUGGUGUUUCUGAGACUAUAACUUUGGAGGUGAUUUAGUAGUAAAUAUUUGGGGAGAAGUAAAAGAAAAACACCUGUCACUAGUCAUUCACCAUUCUUUUUUAUUUUGUAAUAUUCUUUGCCAAUUCAUACAUGUACACAAAACAUCUUCCUCCCCCCACCCCAACCCCCCAAUAUCCUCUCCCUUGUCUUUCUGGGUACCCAUACACCUUUCCUGCAUUCAUAUCUUCUCCUUCUGUAGAUUUUUAGUUUUGGUUUUUAAUUUCCUUGUUUGUGCAUGUGCUUGCACAUGUAUGGGUGUGUGUGCCACAAUGUACCUCUGGAUGUCAGAGUACAACUCUUAGGAGUUGGUUCCCUGCUUCUACCACUUAGGUUCUGAGAAUCAAACUCAGGUCAUCAGGCUUGGCAGAAAGUGUCUUUACCUGCUGAGCCAUCUCACUAUCCCCAAUUUAUAUAUAGUUUUUGUAAGUCAUUGAGUCCAGUUUCUGCUAUCUGCUGGAAUGCUGGCUGAUCCUAUUGGCGUAAUCUUGGGCAGGUAACCAUAGCUGCAAUGAGCUCAUGAAUGAAUACAACGCUCAUGUCAUGUCCACAAGACAGCAUUUCACAGCACUCCUCCCCAUCUUUUGGCUCUUAACAUUCUUUCCACCCCUCUUCCUCUGUGUUCCCUGAGCCUUAGGGGUGUUGAUACAGUUAUCUAUUAUAUGGCUAACGACUGAACAGUCACUCAUUCUCAGCAUUUUGACUAAUUAUGAGUCACUACAUUAACUAAUGCCCACUGUAGAAAAAAGCUUCUCUGACCAAGACUGAGAGCAGGACUAAUGUUAAGAGUAUAACCAUGGAUGUUUAAAGGCACUUUGACAACAUGACAGUGUAGCAACACAAUAGUAAUAGAUUCCCCUCCUAGGGCAUAUGGCCUCCCAAGCUGUGGGUUUUGGUCGGGUUUACAGUACCACGAAUAAAUUCUCUCAGAUGGACUGAGAAAGUGGUUCUGAGAAAGAUAGUCAUGCCGUUAUUGCACCAGUGGCAAGUCGGUAUUGUAGCACUCAGGUUUACUGAUGGAUAAUGCCGUGGAUGACUGUUUCUCCUCUUUCCCCACUGCCCCAUAACCCACACCAGCCUUCAUGGCAAUGUCGCCAGCAGGGAAGGUCACUCUUCUGUUGCUGUGAAGAGACACCAAGACCUAGGCAACUCUUGUAAAAGAAGGCAAUUAAUUAGGGGCUUGCUUACAUGGUGGCACUCAUGGCACUGGAGCAUAGCUGAGAGGUAGAUCCUAAUCCACAGGCAAAGAGAGAAUCUGGGCCUGGCAUGGGCUUUGGAAACCUCAGAACCCCCCUGCAGUGACACACUUCUUCCUCCAGUAAGGCCACGCCUCCCAAUCCUUAUAAUCCUUUCAAACAGUUCCACUUCCUGGUGACCAAGCAUUCAAAUACAUGAACCUGUGGGUGCCAUUCUCAUUCAAACCACCACACUCACCAUUCUCAACAUCUGAAUUUUUAGCUACAGUUAGCAAGAACUCACACUGGUCUUUGACAUCAGUGAUAGACUUUUCCAGAUUUAUUUUAUAAAAGCUGUCAGGUCCUUGGGAACCACAUAUAAGACAUGCAAUAUUCAAAAUAUUUUUUAAAUAUAUGUUUUAAUAAAGCAAAACAACAACAAAAAACCUCAAUUAAGCCUUUAACUGUAAAAGCAAGUAGGAGAUGUCCUGUUAGUAGUAGAGACCACCAGGUAUAGUUUGCAUAGGAUUCUGGAUCCUGCUGAAGCAGAGCAGAGACUCACCCCAAGGCUGAAUCUAGAACUUCAGCACCUCAAGAUUUGCCUGUGUUGGUUAUGUUUAAAGUCUUUCUCUAAUGACUUUUCUUUGUGUUUUUUAGUACCAGCACUGUUUAAAGUCAUAUGUCAAGUAGUUAGCACAUAUAGUCAGAUGUCAUUGAUGAAAUUCUGUCAUCUAGAACUUUCUAUGGGCUGUGACAAAAUUAAAAAUAAAGCAUAGACAACAACACAACCAGUUGUCAUCACUGAGAGGUCGAUAGUUUUUUGUUUUUUUUUUUAAACGCUUGCUCUGUUCUGCUGGUCACCAAAGUAUGUUCUGGUUAUUGUUAAGCUUCAGGCUCUCUGACUGCUAGGUUUACAUAUUUCAAUAAUUUGUUCUUCAAUUUUCCCCAAUCUUAGUUUCAGGCAACCUCCAAGAAAGGUAUCAGUCGACUGGAUAAACAGAUGAGAAAGUUCA